AUGCCAAAAAUGCAAGAGACGCUCACCUUUUUCUAUGCAGACGAUUAUGGGCGCCUGCGGCAUUCCUAUUCGAUUCUGCCCCGUAUCGUCCUCCUCGUUUCGUUCCUCCUGUCUUCUUCAUGUAGCAACUCCAUCGUUUCGGGAUUGCAACUUCGAGCUGCAGGAGCUGGAGGUGGAAUUUCCAAGGACGAAAAAGUGACGCGGAGGAGACGUUUGGAAUUGAUCAAUGCCGUUUCCGGCGUUGAAUACGUAGUCGACGUCGACAUACGAGAACGAGAGGAGACUGGAAUUACAGUGGCGCGACUCUUAGCAGAAUUUCGAUACUAUGGGAGGACGAAGAAAGAAGUAGAAGCGGAGGAGAGGAACAUUGAAGAGGAGGAGGAAGAGAAGAUGAAGAUGAAAAACGAUAUCGAAGUAGAAGCGGAUGAAGAUGAGAGAACGGUGAUGAAAAAGGAAAUAGAAGCGGAGGAGGACAAGGAAGACCGCGUCCGAGACGCGCGGUCUGCAGAGCAAGAUGCGGAGGAUAUGGAUGACGAAAUACCGACUGAAGGCGGACCGCGAGACGGACAAAGUGGCUCUGGCUCUUCCUCUAGUUCAUCUGGAGGAGCAGUAUUGGGGAAAUGUAGUCGUUCCCAACAUUCUCAGAGAAUGUCUUUGUUUCCAAGGAACGAGUUUCUCGGUUUCGAAGGAAUGAUGAAGAUGCCAAGCCUUUUUCCUUGUGGUGCUAAAAUGGGAGCAACGGCGGGCCCUAUGCAUCCUCCUGGUACUGGUAGAGCAUUUCCAUUUCCAUCUGUUUCUAGAGUAAGUCUACCUGCUCUAGUUCGUACGAGUACAACGACAGGCUCAAGUUCUAGUACUGCGUGGCGUACUUCUUCUUCCGCUACUACUUCUACUACUAAUAGGCGCAGAAGUAGAGAAGUAAAAAGGCGUCCGGCAUAUGGGUUUUCUCCGGCCGAUCAAAUACUGAACGUGGAAUAUAAGAUCCACCUCAUUCUUGGGCAUAAGGAGUAUCCUGAAUGGCGGCGGGUGCUGAAGUCCGAUUCUGAGAAGGAUACUAAUCUCACUCUAGGUGGACCAGAAAACCUGUUCGAUUCCGUCACAGAUGAGCAGAAAAUGACUUUCCAAGUUGUUUUUGUGGGCAAGACUCCGAAUCUGAGUAGCAGCACAAGCAACGAAAAGCAAAAGGAAAAUGAUCCACGGACCGGUCUGCUGACCUUGCGCGUAAGAAAUAAAAAGUGGCUCCGGUUAAAGUCUUACGAAUGCGACGGAUCUAACUUUGAUCCGCAGAAUCCUUAUCGUGGUCAAUAUAUUUCAGUGCACCCUUUCUAUGACGUCGAGUGGUGGAAAGGCAUGACGUUUGACGAUCUAGAACAAGAAUUAAGGCGAAAGGAUGCGGAAGCUCGCAGAGCGCAUCCGGACCGUGAGUUUGGAGUUCUAGAUCAUUACGAUGAGUCUAUGGAAAUAGUUGAGGGGAAUGAGCCUGAAGAUGUCGAGAUGAAGGACGUAAUGGAAGUCUCUCCACCUGCAGCUGGUUUUGCACUACAGCUUCCAGGAGUGUCCUCUCCUCAAGAUGCAGAUAGUGUAGCACCACGAAUUCGGUCGCAAGUGAGCAAGUCUUUUUCUACUUUUUUUAGCAGAGCAGGCAGAUCUUCAUCUACCACUUCUC